GAUGGCGACUGCAAAGAAGUCUGGGAGCGGUGUUCUUGAAAAAGCAGUAAGCAGGAGGCGCUCGUCAAAGCACAAAGAAGUUCCAAUAGUGAUGGACACCAAGGCGGUCUUCACAGCCUUGUACGACGUGUGUGAAGAAAAUGCUGCCUUUUUUUCUGGGGCCACAAAGGGCCAAUCCGGGGAUGCAGCUCAGCGCCUGGUGGACGCAAUGACCACCAUCCAGGAGCAUGCCAGAAGCUUGGAGCCUGUCAUCUCUGGAUUCGCUGCCAUCUACCACCAUUUUGACUUUGACCCUCAUAUUCCUGCCAAUGGAUAUCGCUCCCUUGUUAAGGUGGUGCGCUGUUGCCUCCUCCACAUCAUCCACAAAGGGCGCUACAUCUCAUCGAACAGGCGAAGCAUCUUUUUCCGUGCGAGCCACAACGCGUCGGAGAUGGAAGCGUACUGUAGCGCUCUGUGUCAGCUCAGGGCACUGCUCUACCUCGCUCAGAGACUCCUUCACGACAACAGUCAUGGAAACCUCUUCUUCCAGGAGGAAAGCGGCCUCAGCCAGAGCUUCCUGAGAGAGUAUGCCUCCAUGCACAAGGGCUGCUUCUACGGCCGCUGUGUUGGAUUUCAGUUUACUCCUGCCAUUCGUCCAUGCCUGCAGUCAAUUGCUAUCAGCCUGGUUGCAUUCGGAGACAACUACAAGAAGCAUCAAUCAGGGAUAGGUGUAGCGGCCAGUUCUUUCCUCACGUCUGGAAAGUAUGCUAUCGACCCUGAACUGAGAGGCCAGGAGUAUGAACGCAUCACUCAAAACCUGGAUGUUCAUUUCUGGAAGACAUUCUGGAAUGUUACGGAGACUGAAGUCCUUUCAAGUCUGGUGUCCUUGACUGCCACAACAGUGAAGGUGAAUCGAGCUCUCUCUGUGCCCCCUUCGGCCUUUGACCUGCCGUUGGCUGCGGAUCCCACACGUACAGUGACUGUGUCUCCUCCAGCGGCUCAUCUGGGGCCUGGACCUGUACAGAUGAGACUGAUCUCAUAUGAGCUGAGAGAAGGACAGGACAGUGAAAAGUUACUAGCGCUGUGUCGCUCAGAGGGAGGCCCAAUAACUAUUUCUUUGGGCCUGAAGACGAAGCGCAGUCCUCCUUCUCCCUGGCUGGUGUUGCACUUCCAUGGAGGAGGCUUUGUGGCACAGACUUCCAAAUCACAUGAGCCGUAUCUGAGGAGCUGGUCUCACGACCUGAAUGCCCCUGUCCUUUCAGUGGACUAUUCUCUGGCCCCUGAGGCCCCCUUUCCUCGGGCUUUGGAGGAAUGUUUUUAUGCCUACUGCUGGGCCAUCAAGAACCACAACCUUCUUGGUUGGACGGGUGAGCGUGUGUGUUUGGCCGGCGACAGUGCUGGAGGAAACCUGUGUGUGACCGUGUCAAUGCGGGCCGCAGCUCAUGGUGUGCGCAUGCCGGAUGGCAUCGUCGCCGCAUAUCCUGCCACCCUGCUCACCGUUUAUGCCUCGCCAUCCCGUCUGCUCAGCCUCAUGGACCCUCUGUUGCCCCUUAGUGUGCUCUCACGCUGCCUCAGUGCUUAUGCAGGCACGGAUCCACAAGUGGAGAAGCAGGUGGAGAAGGUGAGCACUUUGAGCAUGGUGAAGAGAGACGCUUCUCUGCUGCUCCGAGACUUUAAACAGGGGGCCUCCAACUGGAUCCACUCUCUGCUGGACAGAGGCAGUGCAGAUGCAGUGAGAAAGAGUGUUUCAGAAGCGUCUCUGACCUCUCCUCACAUAGAUCCUCCGGUGCCCCCCGAAGGGUCUGAAUAUUCCUUGGAGAAGGGGACUCUGAGGAGCCAGACAUGCCAGGACCUGGGCACCCACACUAACAGCGCUGCCAGCAACCAUCAGAAAAAUGCCAACCACCUUAGCACCAGCACUGCAAACAACUCCAUCCCUGACAUCACCAUGACACCUGAGAGCAAGCCUGAGGAUGUGAGUUUCUACCUCUGCAAAGAAGUGGAUCCUUCCGUGUCAGAAAUUCUUUCAUCAGUGGCCAUUCCGCCCCCUGGUGGCGAGGAGGACCCUGAGAGACCCCGCGAGUUUCCAGAGGGCUUUGAGCCUCUGCGCUCCGAGCAGUUAGCAGAGAUGAACGUACAGAGUUCACCCAUCGUCAGAAACCCCUACAUGUCCCCACUUCUGGCUCCAGACAACAUGCUAAAGGGACUGCCUCCUAUACACAUAGUGGCCUGUCAUCUGGACCCCAUGCUAGACGACUCUGUGAUGUUUGCCAAACGGCUGCAAAAUAUCGGUCAGCCGGUGACCCUGUGUGUCGUGGAUGACCUUCCUCAUGGCUUCCUCAGUCUGUCACAGCUCUCAAGGGAGACACGAGAAGCUGCUAACGUCUGCAUGGAGAGAAUCAAAGAUGUCUUCACCAUGAAAGACCCUCCUCCAGAGAUGCGCAAGCACCGAAAGCUGGAACGGACCAAUCCGAAGCCGUCUGCCACCAAAAGAGACCACACUCAGCUUUCAGAAGUGACUGUGCUGGAGGAGGAGGAGGGGCUCUCUGUCACAGACGGGGCUUCUGUUGUGGAAGAGGCGGGGCUUACAGGUUUUUACACUCCCACUAAUGCUGAAGCUGAAAAGAUUUUGGCAUAGGAGAUAGUAUUGAAUGAUACCAAAAGAAGUGGACCAGAGUAUGGUCAUGUUAUGUGAAAUAAAUAAUGAUUAUAAGAAAAAUAUAGGAACUAGUUAUUAAAGUAUAACUUAAAUGUGACAGUAUUAAAGAGAUAAUUCACCCAAUAAUGGGAAAAAUUAUAUAAUUUAUUUAUUCUCCACUUGUUCUAAACCUGUUUUAGUUUCUUUCUUCUCUUGAACGCUAAAGCAGAUUAUCUGAAA